UGCUUCUGAAUUUUUUGUUCUUCUCUCCACAUUGAUGGAAUCAAACUUCUCUCUCGUCUACAUAGAAUUAAUUGCUCGGGUAUUUCCUUUAUAUUGUGAGUUGUUCAUACAGCUAACUGAAUGAAAUAGAGAGAGAUAGAAAGGAAGCUUGUGCCGGUUGAUUUGUUCUGCUGGGUAACAUAUUGUCCGUUUGAUCAAACCUAGCCGAUUGGGUUGCAUCAAAGAGAUCGAAAAAUCAGAUUUUGUCCGCCUCUGGAAUCUGAGAUUCCAGGAAAACAAAGGAAAAUCUUUUUAAAAAAAAGUUCGAAUCUUUCCGGUUCUGGAAUUCAGCAUGUCUGUGGCGGUAUUAUGGGUCGCUUCCCCAAAUUCAGAGCUAUUGGGGAGCUGUGGCUUCUUUAGGGUUACGGAAUCCUGCAGAUUCUUCUCUCGUGGGCAUAGCCUGUUGCUUAAACAGAAAGUAAGUAGGAGCAGCAAGCAGAGAUGGAGAUUUGAGGGAAGUAGAAAUGGUGGUGUGAUUUCAAGCAUGGUGGCGAGUCCAGCGGGAGAGAUGGCUCUAACGUCGGAGGAGAAGGUUUACAAUGUGGUGAUGAAACAAGCGGCUUUGGUUAACAGGCGGCUGCUGAGAUCUGGUGCUGAUCUUGAUGUGAAGCCGGAUAUCGUCCUUCCCGGCACGUUGAGCUUGUUGAGCGAGGCAUAUGACCGCUGCGGAGAAGUUUGUGCGGAAUAUGCCAAAACCUUUUACCUCGGAACUAUGCUUAUGACACCCGAAAGGCGAAAGGCUAUCUGGGCUAUAUACGUUUGGUGUAGAAGAACGGACGAACUUGUGGAUGGGCCUAAUGCUUCGCAUAUUACACCGACGGCUUUAGACAGAUGGGAAGCGAGGCUGGAAGACCUUUUCAGAGGCCGCCCUUUCGAUAUGCUCGAUGCUGCACUCUCUGAUACAGUUUCCAGAUACCCCGUCGAUAUCCAGCCAUUUAGAGACAUGAUAGAAGGAAUGCGCAUGGACCUGAGGAAGUCGAGGUACCAGAACUUUGACGAGCUCUACAUGUACUGCUAUUACGUGGCCGGGACAGUGGGGUUGAUGAGCGUUCCCGUGAUGGGCAUCGACCCGAAAUCGAAAGCAACGACGGAGAGCGUCUAUAAUGCGGCCUUGGCCCUCGGUAUAGCCAAUCAGCUCACCAACAUUCUCAGAGACGUCGGGGAAGACGCAAGAAGAGGAAGGGUGUACCUGCCGCAGGACGAGCUGGCUCAGGCGGGUCUUUCGGACGAAGAUAUUUUCGCCGGGAAAGUUACAGAGAAAUGGAGGAACUUCAUGAAAAUGCAGAUCAAACGGGCAAGAAUGUUCUUCGACGAAGCCGAGAAAGGCGUCACCGAGCUCAGCGCCGCCAGCCGGUGGCCGGUAUUGGCGUCGUUGCUGCUGUACCGGAGGAUACUGGACGAGAUCGAAGCCAACGAUUACAACAAUUUCACGAAGAGAGCUUACGUCAGCAAAGGCAAGAAGCUCGCGGCUCUUCCUGCCGCUUACGCUAAAUCGCUCCUCAGUUCUUCAAUCUUGUCUUCUUACUCCACUUGAAUAUAUCAUACAAUUGGUAGGUUCAAUCUUAUACUGUUUAUUAUAUAACUAAUAUACGUAAUAUGGCGGGGGAGUAUAAUCCACAAAUGUAUUAUCUUUAUAUUAAUAUUAUAUUUUAAUUUUUGACCGUU